AUGCUACUUAGCAGCGGCAGGGGUGGAAAUAUUCCACUUGAGCAUUUGAAUUUAAUGUUUAAUAUUGAUCAGCGAUUAGAUAAUUGCAUAAAAACCAAAUUUCAAGAUAUAUCAAAUAUUAUUCAAUUACUUUAUCAUGUUGAGUAUAAAUCGGAUCAGAUUGAAGCAAUGAUAAAUUUAUUAAAACGUCACAAACUUCACGGUCAAGUCGAAUUAUUUCCAUCUGAAAGUAUAGGAGAUUUAAUAAACAAUUAUUCAAAAAACCCAUAUUUUUCUACACAUACAUCAUUACAUACAAUUAAGCCAUUUACCGAUAUUUGUUUAACAUGUCAGCAACCAUUGGAAUUAAAGUUUAAAGAGCACGUAUAUGUAUUUAAGAUUGAGACUGUUGAAAAUGGUUGUACAUAUUCUGCACGGUGUUGUCACGUCGACUACUAUUCCAAUGGUUAUGUUCGAGGAUCUAAACAAUUUAUUACUCGUGAUGCGUUGAACUCAGUAGUAAAUAUAUUUAUUUGGGUGGAAAGAAUGCGUACGCAAUUGAAUUAA